CGCCGCCCUCGCCGUGGAGACCGAGGGGAGCGGAGCCGCAGCCCCCAGCGCCAUUGCCGCCCUCAGCCCGCCAUGGCAGGAGCUGUCCAUGCGAAUGACACCCUGAUGUCCCAGUUGGAUUACUGAACUCCUGUGUGAUUCCUGGAGCUGCUGCUGUUGGAAUAAGGAGCUGUCCUUAGUUCUUGGCCUGUCCCAGGAGCACCUCCUGGGUACUGCAUGCAAGUCCUGGACGUGCUGGAAACAAUGGGGAUUGGCAAGAACACCGCGGCCAAAUCAGUGGAGGCAGGAGGCUCCACAGAGGGCAAAUAUGAGGAUGAGUCCAAACACCCCACCUUCUUCACCCUGCCUGUUGUGAUAAACGGUGGAGCCACAUCCAGUGGUGACCAGGACACAGAGGACACAGAGCUGAUGGCCAUCUACACUACAGAGAAUGGCAUAGCAGAAAAGAGCUCCCUGGCAGAGACCCUGGACAGCAGUGGCAGUUUGGAUGCACAGAGGACUGACAUGAUUUACACCAUUGAAGAUGUUCCUCCCUGGUACCUCUGCAUAUUUCUGGGCUUGCAGCACUACCUGACGUGUUUCAGCGGGACCAUCGCCGUGCCCUUCCUGCUGGCCGAUGCCAUGUGCGUGGGCUUUGACCAGUGGGCCACCAGCCAGCUCAUCGGGACCAUCUUCUUCUGCGUGGGCAUCACCACCCUGCUGCAGACCACCUUCGGCUGCAGGUUACCCCUGUUCCAAGCCAGUGCUUUUGCAUUCUUAGCACCUGCCAGAGCAAUUCUCUCUCUGGAGAAGUGGAAGUGCAAUAACACAGAUGUAACAGUUACCAACGGAACAGCAGAGCUGCUGCACACGGAGCACAUCUGGUACCCCCGGAUACGAGAGAUCCAAGGUGCCAUCAUCAUGUCCUCGCUGAUUGAGGUGGUGAUCGGGCUGCUGGGGCUGCCCGGGGCUCUGCUGCGCUACAUCGGCCCCCUGACCAUCACCCCCACCGUGGCCCUCAUCGGCCUCUCGGGCUUCCAGGCUGCAGGGGAGCGAGCUGGCAAGCACUGGGGCAUCGCCAUGCUGACUAUUUUCCUAGUACUGUUGUUUUCUCAAUAUGCCAGAAAUGUCAAAUUUCCCUUGCCCAUUUAUAAAUCCAAGAAAGGAUGGACAGCAUACAGGCUGCAGCUUUUCAAGAUGUUCCCUAUCAUCCUGGCCAUCCUGGUGUCGUGGCUGCUGUGCUUCAUCUUCACAGUGACAGACGUGUUCCCCCCAGACAGCUCCAAGUACGGGUUCUACGCUCGCACGGACGCGCGCCGGGGUGUGCUGCUGGUGGCCCCCUGGUUCAAGGUGCCCUACCCCUUCCAGUGGGGGCUGCCAACCAUCUCUGCCGCGGGGGUGAUCGGGAUGCUGAGUGCCGUCGUUGCCAGCAUCAUCGAGUCCAUCGGGGAUUACUACGCCUGUGCCAGGCUGUCCUGUGCUCCUCCUCCACCCAUCCAUGCCAUCAACAGGGGGAUUUUCAUUGAGGGUCUCUCCUGUGUUCUGGACGGAGUGUUUGGGACAGGGAAUGGAUCCACCUCUUCCAGCCCCAACAUUGGGGUCCUUGGCAUCACAAAGGUUGGGAGCCGCAGGGUGAUCCAGUAUGGAGCAGCCUUCAUGCUGCUGCUGGGCAUGGUGGGCAAGUUCAGCGCCCUGUUCGCCUCGCUGCCCGACCCCGUGCUGGGGGCUCUCUUCUGCACCCUCUUUGGGAUGAUCACGGCCGUGGGUCUGUCAAACCUCCAGUUCAUCGAUCUGAAUUCUUCUCGGAAUCUCUUUGUGCUCGGGUUUUCCAUUUUCUUUGGGCUCGUCCUCCCAAGCUAUCUCAAGCAGAACCCCCUGGUCACUGGAAUAGCAGGCAUUGAUCAGGUGUUGAACGUCCUGCUCACCACAGCCAUGUUCGUCGGGGGCUGCGUCGCCUUCAUCUUGGAUAAUACCAUCCCAGGAAGCCCUGAAGAAAGGGGAAUACGGAAAUGGAAGAAAGGGGUUGGUAAAGGAAGCAAAUCCCUGGAUGGCAUGGAAACAUAUGAUCUGCCUUUUGGCAUGAACUUCAUUAAAAAAUACAGAUGUUUCAGCUUCCUGCCCAUCAGCCCCACCUUCAUGGGAUACACAUGGAAAGGCUUCAGAAAAAGCAGUAACUGCAGGAAUUCAGACGAAGACUCAGAAGCUACAGUAUAGCCUUAGCUGAAAUUAUAUUAUCUAGUUGUAGUCAAAGAUGUAUUUGCAGUUUCUUGCUGAUUAAGAAGCAUUAAAAUAUAUGUUUUGUAUAUCUGCAUUUAAAUUCUGGAACCAGAGCUGAGACAGAUUUAAAAAAAAAAAAAAGAAGAAAAAAAAAAAAAAGCUUUUCCUGCUGUGGGUGGUGGGAACCAGGUCUGGUGUCUCUGUGGUAAAUCCUGCUGAUUUUGGGAAGUUGUAGAGAGCUGUGCACUUAAGCCUGUUGGUUUGAAAUGGGUUUAGGUGGAGGUGUGGAGGUGCUGCUGCAAACCUUUUGUUUUUAUGGUGAUUUUAUUGAAGCCCUCAGUGUUGGUUAUGCCGAGAAAAUGGAACUUUGGAGAAGGAGGUGGAGUGAAAAGAGAGAAAAGGAAGAAUAUUUCCUUCUGGUCAUGUCAAAUCCCAUAGAUGUCUGCCACAGUGAUUUGCACAUUCCAUAUUCUCAGUGCCCUGGAAACUGGGCUCAGCUGAUGCUGGCAAAUCAUGAGAGUUCAGUUCUGAAUUAUCUGUGAUUUCAGUGGCACAUCCAGUGCUCAGACAGGAAGCUUCUGGAAUAAUUUUGCCCUUGAAAACCGUGGCUGGCUUGGCUGGCUCAGUGCUGCAACUGCCACUUUAUUUUAUUCACAGCAUUUCUCAUUUUUGAACAUUUGCUUUCCCCACCUGGGGAUUUCUUUCCAAGGCUGGAAUGGGAAACCUGAACUCAGACAGGACCUGGAGGCAGUGUUUCAGUUCAGUGCUGUGUCCAGCAGGAUGUUUUCUGUGCAGAAAUGCUAAUCAGCCCCAAGCAAUUAACAGUUUUUUCCUGCAGGGAAAGCCACGUGCUCCGAAUGGUGCCGGCACUCCUGGCAUGGGUCUAAGCAGGGUUGGAGUUUUUUGCUGGUGCUGCACAAGGCUCUUUCUUCUCCUCUUGUGGGGCUUCUCCAGAGGCUGAUUCCUGCUGGGAAGGGGGUUUGGGACAGCAGAGACACUGCACCUGCCAGCCUCACCCACCCGAUGCGUUCACGGGUAUUGGGUCCAAUCAGGGCACCACUCAGAUCUCGUUUUUUGUUCCUGGAAUAGUCUCAGCUCUGCUGUUAUGUGGGUGUUCAUGCUCAUCAUGCAUUCAUGAUUAACAAUUUUAUUCCUGUUUAAUGUUCUUACUAUUGCAAGUUAGUUUUAGACUUCAGUGUGGCCCCAAAAGCAUUUUCAGCUGUGGAGAUCAUCAGGGAAAUGUUGUGUAAUGUAAUUUCAAGGCCAGUAAUGCUCUACGGUGCUUGCGUUUUGUA